GCCCUCUCCCUCUCCCUCGCUCCCCCUUGCCUUUUUGCAGCUCUGCUUGCUCGCGCCGUACUGCAGUCGAGAUCGAGGGGGCGGCGGCGGUCGACUCGGGUGGCGGCGGGGCGGGAAUCGGGUUUCAGGGGGCUCGGAUCCAUGGGAUCCCUCGGCUUCGAGGCUGCCCUAGCCGUGUGCCCGGCCGCCGCCCAGGCCUACUCCAAGUACUGCGGUAUUGUAUCAGGCUGCGAGAAUGCAAACACCAGGGAAGGGUUGGUUGAGCUUUCACGGACUAUUGAUAAUAUGGAAGGAAUGAGGGAUGGAAUAUUUGGUGAUAUUCAAAAGCUCAUGUCAGUCCUUGAGUUAGAUGAUGCGCGCCAAUUCAGUAACUUCUACGAUUUUGUCUUCUUCAUUUCUCGUGAAAAUGGCCAAAAGAAUAUUACUGUUCAGAAGGCUGUUGCCGCAUGGAGGAUAGUCCUUAUUGGGAGGUUUCGAUUGCUGGACCGGUGGUGUAACUUUGUUGAGAAGUACCAACGUCACAACAUAUCUGAGGAUGCCUGGCAGCAGCUGCUAGCUUUCAGCAGGUGUGUAAACGAGGACCUGGAAGGUUAUGAUCCAAAAGGUGCUUGGCCUGUAAUAAUUGAUGAUUUUGUGGAGUAUAUGCACAGAAUUUAUCGCCCUGGUGACUGCUCCAGUGCAAUGGCAUCACAAUGCAGUAUUUCCAAUACAUUCAGAGAAUGUCGUGUAACAGGACUAAAUCUAUUACCUGGAUCAAAGAGGAAAUGCCCUACUCAGUUUAACUCCAGUGAAGAUAAUGUAGAGCUUUCAGAUGUUCCUAGACACUCUCUCCAUCUUACACCAUUGAAGCGUCUGAAGGAAAGUUCCGUCUCCACUAAAAGUGGUGUUUCGGAGUGCAAUGCAGAUCCAGGAAUAGCUGUCUCUAAACUGCCGAGAAGGUCUCAAAGCUCUUUUGCAAAGAGAGCCUUAAAGUCAACAAAAGCAAGCGACGAGAUGGCUCCAUGGAAGCUACAACUGAAGGCCCGAGUGGGACAACUUCCACAUGCACCAUCGAUAGAGGAGGAGACGACUCCCCACACAAAUCCUGCAGCUCGGGCAUAAUCAACAUCACCGGAGCAAUAACCUCACUCUUCAUGGGGCUACGGCAAUGGACAUGGAAUGGCACGGGGAUAAUUCCUAACUUUAACCUAACAGCAUCACACAAUAGUCUCACGUCUCUUCUUUUACUUGCCCCAAGACGAUGAUAUCAGCACCACCAAGGUGUUACUGUCAAUUCUGGAUGCACUUUUUCCAUUCCCCCCAUUCCACAAUUAUUUUAUUGCACUGACGUCUUAUUGCGCUGUUCCUGGAGGCCCAGCUUACUGUAAUAGUAAAAAUUGGUAGCAGGCACAGUUUGACCCAGCAAAAGCUUCAUCUUUUUUCCCA